AUGUCGAAGCUCUCCGCCAACCUGAAGGCAUUGAUCAAUUCUCCGGCUGCACGGCCACAUACUGUGCCCGCACCUCCAAAUAUCGCCCACGUCUAUCGCACCAUCCAGCAGACUGCUGCAGCCAACAAUGUCUCGCAGCCCUCCUGGCUUGCGCUCUCGACCGCUGCAACAAUGACCAUGAACUCCCCCGAAUCCCUCGCAGCCCUCCACCAACUCGUCUCAAACACCACCCCCACCUCCGCCGUCCCAGCUGCCGAACUCAUGCGCGAAGUGGGCCUCAAAUGCAUCAGUUUCAACGGCAUCCCCCGCACAAUCAACUGCCUCAACGCCUUCCGCGCUUCUCUCCCCGAAGAUAUCUCCUCCCAACUCUCCACAACUCCAACCCGCACCCCAACCCCGGAAAACAUCGCCUCCAUCUCCGCCCGCGGCCGCGCCCUCUGGGACUCGAUCUACCGACCCUUUGAGAAUAAGCUCUACGCCAAGCUAGGCGCGUCCCACCCGGAUCUCCCCGUGCACAUUCUACAUGCGAAUUACGGGGCGCUGUUGUCCGAUCCACAGCGGGAGUCGGGUGCGUCUGCGGGGAGAGUGUUGACUUCUAUUGUGGCGGUAGCUUGUUUGCGCGCGCAGACGGGGGUGGGACCCCAGGUCUUGUCGCAUGUGUUUGGGUUGCGGAAGGCGUUGGAGGAUGGGAGUUGGGCUGGGGAUGUGGAGGGAGAGGAAGGAGCGAAGUGGUUGGCGAGUGAUGAGGGGAAUAUGUGGAUUUUGGAGAGUGUGGAUGCCAUUGUGGAGGCUAUUAGUGGUGGGAGUGGAUCGAAUUUUGCUCCUGGGAGGGCCAAAUUGUAG